AUGAUACAAAUAAUUCAUCCUGUCACACAUGUUGAUGAUCCAGAGAAGGAUAGAAUCAGUUACGAACCCCAGUGUACGUGCUGCCCUGUUGGAAGAAGUGGUCAUCGGAUAAUAGUCACAGACGAUAGCCUGUACUCUCUUGGCGGAUUUAACCCUGUCCUUACUGGAUAUAUGACUACAGUGAACGCAAGAGGGCAUCCGUUAUUCAAGGAGUUAUGGAGGUUUAAUUUGAGCACUCGUAAAUGGCAUCUCUUAGAUGACUUCUACAGCGUUCCUCCGACUAUUGCUUCUCACACAAUUGCAAAAGUCGGCAGAUGGUUGUUUUUGUUUGGGGGAACAGCCAUUCCAUUUGGAGAGACUCCUACUAGUGCCCUGUACAGAUAUGAUCUUCAGUCAUCCAAACAUCCAGCAAGCGGUGACCGCUGUGAUUGCGAUGGACAUGCAAUUCGUGGGGAUGAAGUUGCGCAUGUUCGAAUAUCUAACCACUGGCAUCUUAUACCAGUUGCAGGGGACAUUCCUGAAGAAAGAUAUGGACAUACUAUGACAAUGAGUUUCCCCUAUGUAUAUAUAGUUGGUGGGACUUCUGGGUACAUUUAUAACUCUGAAGUCUUUCGUCUGGAUCUAAGUGGUCCCAUGGGAAAGUGGACAAAGCUCAGCUCAGACAGUGAUCCGCGACAGCCUGUUGGCAGGUAUAGACAUGAAACUGCUUUUGAUGGGAAAAAAUUGUAUGUCUUUGGUGGAGGGACAGAAAGAGAUGCAUUUUCACUAGUUAAUAUUCAUACAUUUGAUAUUUCAACUUGUGAAUGGGGCACUCUGAAGACAUUGCCAGAUCCUCAACAUGGCCACCCAAAAUCUAGAAAGUGCCACAGUUGUUGCCAGUAUAAAAAUGAUGUGUUCCUGGUGGGAGGAGUCAGUGGGACAUCAGCAACCAAUGAGAUGACCCUAUAUGAUGACAUCUGGAAGUUUUCACUCACGAACGCCACCUGGUUUAAAUAUUUCACAGCUUUAUCAGUUCCCUUGUACUUUCAUUCAGCUGAUUUUUUACCGAGCAAAGGAUGCAUCAUAAUCUUUGGAGGAGUGACCAGCUACAAUGGCGAUGUGGUGCGAACAAAGCGAAUACUUUCUGUCCGAGUUGCUGUCGGUAAUCUAUUAGAACUAGCUUGGGAUGUGGUAUGUGACUUUAUAAAAGACCGAUGGAAUGAAAUUGACAUGAAUGAAUUAGGAAUUCCUUUGUCUUUGCAAACUAAAGUCUGUUUAUAG